GUCGCGUCUUUGGAUUCGCCCCGCCCUCCCCACCGAUGCCUUCGAGCAAGAAGAAGCCCUCGAGCAAGAAGAAGCCGCCGGGCUCGUCCGACCCUUGCGCGUCUCCCCGGACGCCCUCUCCGGCGGCCGCCUCCUCCUCCUCCUCCCCUCCUCUCGUGGGCUCGGAAGCCGUCGCCGAAGACGAUAUCCCCGUCGCCCUCCGGGCGGCUUCCGCCAGGUUCCCGGGCCUGAUCGGCGAGUCCGCCUUCGCCGGCCGUGUCUCGGACGCGUGGGCGGACGCGGAGGCCAAAGGAGGCUGUAAGGUUUGGCUCUCGGAGGCUUCCAUGGUCGCUUCCGCCAUCGCGCCCGGUUCGAUCGUGUCGGUGUGCCUUGCUUCUUCAAGGAGUCAAAUUUCACUUGGUAUCCCCUUAUGCUCAUUUGCUGAUGAAUGUGCUAGACAUAUCGGGAUGAACCCCGGGGAUAAAAUGACAAAUGAAGCUGGGGAUUUCUUUGCUCUUGCCACUGUGUUUCCUUCUUCUAAGGUUCUUAGGAAUGGAGUGCGGUUAUCAUUAAAUCUUUCAUAUACGAUGGGGUGUCCCACUUCAGGUAGAGUUCUGUUUGUCUUUCCCGUACAGAGUUGGAUCUCUGGUGGUCUGGUCAAUGGGAUUGACAAAUUGCAGCACAACAGUCUUUGCUCAUUCGCAAUGCAGAACUGUGAGGAAUUGUGCUUGGAGCUGGCUUCUAGAAAUGAGUUCACAACAAAUAGAAGGGCACUGUCUCUAGUGAAACCUCCUGGUGAGAUACCUCUUAAUGAAAAUGUAACUUUUGGAUCUCCUAGGACGCCGGUACGUCAGUCAAAGAUGAGCACUCCUGCAAAUGAUCAAUUUCGUUCACCAUUCUCACAAUCAAGUUCAACCAGUCAGAUGUGUCCAGUGGUUGAUUCAUAUGAUAUUGUCCAGCUGUUGGAAGAUGAAAGCACCAAGAACCUUUUGCAGGCUUGCACCAAAUCAUGGCUGUGUUCUCGUUUUCUGCUUCAAGGGAACCUGGUGGUUGUCCCCAUACUUUCUAAGCUUUGGCUUUUCCGAGUGAUUGGUGCUCAACAAGCGUCUGAUGGAAAGAAUCAAUCCAUUAAAUAUCAAAUUGCUGAAGGUUCAUCCCCCAACAUUUCCCAAUUGCCAGACAAUGUGAUUCAUGCUUUCACUGUGACAAGCAGAACAAACAUACAUCUGUCUUCUCCCAUGAACACAACAUUAGUAACUCCAGCAGUGACAGGAUCACUUGUUGGGAAGCUUGAGCAUACAUAUUGUAAAGCUGACAUCAAAGGUGAUGACAUUAAAUUGGGUGGACUACAUAAAGAGUAUACUGAUUUGAUGGACAUUAUGUCCUCUACUUUGAAGGACACUUUAUCAAGGUUUGAUCUCCAAACUACAAAAGGAGUACUUCUUCAUGGUCCACCGGGUACAGGGAAGACAUCUUUGGCUCGACUAUGUGCCCACGACGCUGGCGUUAAUUUAUUCUUGGUGAAUGGACCUGAAAUUGUGAGACAGUAUCAUGGUGAAAGUGAGCAGGCCUUGCGAGAAGUUUUCGAUUCUGCUCGCCAUGCUGUCUCUGCUGUGGUUUUCAUAGAUGAGUUGGAUGCUAUUGCACCUGCUCGAAAAGAUGGAGGGGAAGAACUUUCUCAUAGAAUGGUUGGUACAUUGUUGACUUUAAUGGAUGGGAUUAAUGGAACCGGUGGACUCCUCGUAAUUGCUGCAACAAACAGACCAGAAAGUAUUGAGCCUGCCUUAAGGCGUCCUGGUCGGUUUGAAAGGGAAAUUGAGAUAGGUGUCCCAUCUUCCAAGCAAAGAUUUGAAAUACUAUUCGCACUUCUCAGUCUAAUGGAACAUUCACUCUCGGAAUUGCAAAUUCAACAACUGGCAAUGUCUACACAUGGUUUUGUGGGUGGUGAUCUGGCAGCCCUUUGCAAUGAAGCGGCGUUGGUAUGCCUCAGGCGCUAUAAUUGUUUUAAGAAGUCACAGGGAGAGUCUUAUUCUAAAUCACAGAUGGAUUCUGAGUUUAAUGCUAAUGUUGCAACAGAAGAAUCUAGUUCUUUGGGAGACAUAAGAGAUUCUCAGCAGGAUUAUUCACGUUCUUUGUCCACAUUACAUGUUUCCUCGGACGCAUUACCAUCUUCCUUGUCCGAGCAAACUGUCACAGAAAAUGAAGAUAGGAUGCGGUGCUCUAGAGGUUUAGUGGACAAAAAUCGUAUGCUGACCAUAGCUUUUGAGGACUUUGAGAAGGCCAGAAUGAAAGUGAGGCCUAGUGCCAUGAGAGAGGUGAUACUCGAGGUACCAAAGGUCAAAUGGGAAGAUAUUGGUGGGCAAGGAGAAGUUAAAACUCAACUAAUGGAAGCAGUGGAGUGGCCUCAAAAACAUCGUGCUGCAUUAGAACGCAUAGGGGCCUGCCCUCCAAGAGGUGUAUUAUUGUUUGGUCCUCCUGGUUGCAGCAAAACCCUCAUGGCUCGUGCAGUUGCCUCUGAAGCUGGGCUCAAUUUCAUUGCAGUAAAGGGCCCGGAACUCUUCAAUAAGUGGGUUGGCGAAUCUGAGAAGGCUGUAAGAUCUGUCUUUGCAAAAGCAAGGGCUAAUGCUCCAUCAAUCAUAUUUUUCGACGAAAUUGAUGGACUUGCAAAUAUUCGUGGAAAGGAAAGUGAUGGUGUUUCAGUUUCGGAUAGAGUUAUAAGUCAGCUUCUUAUUGAACUAGAUGGACUGCAUCAGAGAGUUGAUGUCACCAUUAUUGCUGCAACCAAUAGGCCAGAUAAUAUCGAUCCAGCCCUGUUAAGAACAGGACGCUUUGAUAGGCUGCUAUAUGUCGGACCUCCGAAUGAGGCAGAUAGGCAAGAAAUAUUCUGCAUCCAUCUACGUAAAGUCCCAUGCGGUUCUGAUGUGGACAUAAAGGAGUUGGCUUAUCUCACCAAAGGCUGUACGGGGGCUGACAUAUCACUCAUCUGCCGGGAGGCUGCCGUUGCAGCUAUGGAGGAGGACAUUGACGCUUUGGAAGUAGCAAUGAAGCAUUUCAGGAACGCAAUAAAUCAAGUGCGCCCAUCGGUGGUCGAGUGUUACGAAGAGCUUUCGACUCAAUUUCAAAGGCUUGUUUUAUCCAGACAUAAAUGAGAUCCAAACUGAGGUAUUUACUGGAUCAAACUGGUCUCGUAUCUGGCUAAUGCAUCUUAUUCUCUGUGUUGGCAUUCUCAUCCUUGAGUCUUUGGCUGAAAAUCGAUUAUUUAUACGCUUUGAAUCCCUGACAACUUGUGAGAAGGCCUUCUGCCUGAAGUUCUGUUUGUUUUACUUCUAUUCUUUGGUCGGAUCCAUGUGCAUCAUGUCCUGAGUUACUGCUCUAAAUUAGACCUCUGUUCACUGUCUGGAAAAUGGGAAUAUUGGUUGGUCGAA